GUUAAAGGAGUAGCAUUCUGCUGUCUAUCGCUUCUCUCUCUCUCAAAGGCUGAUUCUUAUCUGCUUUCCCUGCUGCUCUUGCACAUUGCUUUCCUCUGUUGUGAUCUCCAUUACCCCAAUUGAUCUUCUAGCAAAGCAAGAGUCAACUUUCAUCGUUCAAAUACCAUUCACAGCACUUCAAUAACAUACUACCUACCGGCAAUACCAACCAACUCGCAGAGUUGUUAAAGGUUUGGUAUUUGAUUUUUGCCUAAUUAGUAAACUUUUAAUUAUGAAUUUUUAUAUGCAAACCUAUAUAUAUAAAUCCUUUUAUUUGUUACACUUAUGCAAAAGUCUCUUCCUUCAAAAUAAUCACUACUAGUUUCAUUUGAUUUAAUUCAAAACCAAUCACCAUCUUUGACAAUGUCAAACUGCAUCGUUGACAGCAACACCAAUAAUAUCAAUAUUAAUGUUACUACAAAUGCCAAUACUAAUACCAGUAAUAUCCCAACUAAAAACAAGGGGCCUAACUCAAGAAAUAUCUCCCCAUUGUCAAAUUUUUCAAACUCCUCAACUUCAACAAACACUUCCUCGCUAGACUUCAAAGCCACAUUGGUUAAAUAUCUUUCAAUAAAUAAUAAUUGCAAUAAAAGUAAUAAAAACGACCACGAUAAUGUCUCUUCGGUUCAAAAUAACAGCAUAGUAACCCUUAUAAAUAACAGCGACAAUAAUGAAAGCUUGUUUAAAAUAGGUGUGAAGCCUUCAACGCAGUCUUUGAUCUCUUUAUCUUCCAAAUCUGAAUCUUUGAUUUAUUCAAAUUAUUUAAUUCAAGACAACUAUGAUUUCAUCUUGUUGCCUAUAACCAGCAUUUCAUAUAAAAAUUAUCUUAAAGAUAUAUUCAAAUCUUAUAAAUCCUUUGAUUAUAAUCAAUAUAAUCAUCAACCUUUAUCGCAACUUGAUUUAAAAGACUCUAUUAAUUUUAAUAAACAAUUUUUUUUCACCUCAAAUUUAAUUUAUAACUUCAAUUCAAAAAUCAUUCCUAUAAUAUCUUCUUGGUUGCAAUUUGAUUCCUUAAGUAACAUAAUCUCAAACUUUUCCUAUAGAAUACUAAUCAACGAAAUCAAUUAUUGUCUUUUCAAUAACUUGACCCACAUCAUAAUAACUCCUCCUUCAAAUAUUAAAAACUUGUUAAAUUUCUCAAAUAUUCUAAAUAAAUUAUUGAUUAAAUAUAAACCAAAAAAUCUUAAAAUAUCAAUUUCUUUGCCUUUAAUAAUAUCAACAAAUAAAAAUAUUCCAAAAAACAAAAACAAAAACAAAAACAAAAAUGAAAAUGAAAAUGAAAAUGAAAAUGAAAAUGAUAUAGAUUAUUCUUCUGAUAUUUAUCAAUCUUGGGAAAUUUGGAACUCAAUUAGAUCAAAUUGUAAUUAUAAUAGAAACUUAUUUAUAUCUUUAUCCCUACCUAAAUAUUUAAAUUCAAAUUCUUUUUCUUUGCUAAUAAACAAAUGGAAAAUCGAACCCGUUUCCUUUUUUUUAAUCAAUUCAAAUAUCUUCUUAACUAAUAAUAAACAAUUCCCUGUAUUGAGUAAAUCAAUCCAAAAAUUUUUGUCAAUCUUAUUAAUAACAAUCAAUCAUAAACUUAUUCCCUCAGUAAUUUUACAUAACAUUGAAAAUCUACCUAAAUGUGGAAUUUCAACUGCUUAUCUAAAUUAUUUAAAUUUUUUAAUUAAAAAAAAUGUAAUACCAAAUUUGAAUUAUUCAAACUUUCAUUCAAUGUCCAACUAUUUGUUAAAUCCUUUGCAACCUUUAAGAGAUGAUUUGAAUAAUCAAGUAUAUCAAACUUUUGAGUCUGAUAUAACUAAAUAUGCUUUAUAUGAAUCAGCAAUUAAAAAAGCUAUAAACGACUUAAUCAUUCAGAACGAUUUCAAAUACCAAAAUUCUUCAAUAAAGAACAAAAAAAAAAGGUGUAAUACUGAUUCUGAAAAUUGUCUAAACAUCGGAUUAUUAGGAUCAGGCAGAGGUCCAUUACUCGAUAAAAUAUUGAAAAAUUUAAAAUCCUUAAAUAUUGAGAAUUUUAAAAUAUACAUCAUUGAAAAAAACUUAUACUCUUUAAUAUAUUUGAAAAAAAAGAUUCUCUUGGACAAAAACGAUUCAUUUAUUUAUUAUAAUGAUUAUGAUAAUGACCAUAAUUAUAGUCAUAACCAUAAUUAUACUAAUAAGAAUGAGAAGGCUUUAAAGGAAAGUGAUACAAUGAACAAAUUAUUUUUCAUAAAUUAUGAUACGAGAUAUUGGAAACCAUCAAUGUCAAAUUUAAAUUCGAAUUUUAAAUUCAAUUUAGUUGUAUCAGAGUUAUUGGGAGGGUUUGGGUGCAAUGAAUUGUCACCGGAAUGCUUGGAUAAUAUUAUCAAUAAUUAUUUGGUAAAAGAUACAGGAAUAGUAAUACCCCAAGAUUAUUCAUCUUAUGUUAUACCAAUUUCUUCUCCGAUUUUAUACCAAACCUUGAAGGAAAAGAAUGAUUCAUCAGUAUUUCAAAAGUUGUAUGCAACUUAUUUAACCAGCGUUGAAUAUUUAUCAGCAAAACCAUUAAAGAUAUGGACUUUCAAUCAUCAAAAUAAGAAAAAUUUUCCAUAUUAUCAAGAUUUUAUUUUUGAUACUAAGUAUAAACAUAAUUGUGGUAGCGAUAACAACGAUAAUAACAAUUAUAAUGAUAAUAAUAGAUAUUUAAUUGAUGAGAAUUUCAAUGAGCAUAAUAAGAGAACCGAAAUUUUAACAUUUGAAAUACAUAAGAGAGGUGUUCUUCAUGGAUUUGCUGGAUUUUUUAAAGCGAAAUUAUACAAAGAUAUAACGAUCUCUACAGUUUUGAAUGAGUCGACAGAGUAUUUGAAUUCAUGGUUUCCAAUUUUCUUUCCAAUUGAAAAUCCCAUCUAUUUGACUGACGAUUCUGAAGUCGAAUUGUUAAUGAAAAGGGAUUGUGAUAUCAGUAAAGUUUGGUAUGAAUGGUCGUUAGAAUCGUUCACCUUUAUUAUUGUACCAAAUAGCAAUGUUGAGUCAAGCGAAUCGAUUCAAACGCUGAUUGAGGGAUAUCCAUUGAGAACUAGAACAGGGGCUUCGAUACAACCUCCAAAAAACAACCAACUACCUUCAAAAGACAUUCAAAAACCUUCCAAAGACCACAACCAAAGCUGCUCUUCAUUAUUUAAACAGUCAGAGGCGACUUGUGCCACUGGGCAAGAAAUAGCCUUUGUUGGUGUUAACUUGGUUUAUAAUAAUAAUAAUAAUAAUAAUAAUAAUAAUAAUAAUAAUAAUAAUAAUAAUAAUAAUAAUAAUAAUAAUAAUAUCACAAAAAAUGAAUGA